GAAAGAGAGCGAGAGAACGCAGGCUGGGGGGGAUGUGUAAAAGAAGAAGCGUUGCUAAUUUUUUUUGUUUGUUUGCUUUUCCAUGCCUGCAUAAUGAGGCCUAAUCAGAGCACGUUGCUGCUGCUCGGAGGGCACUUUUGUAUUUAAAGCCUUGCAAAGAAAAAAGGAUCCACAGACAGAUCAGCAAAGCAGCUUGCAGGGCUUGUUGACAACAGAAGCAGCAUCAGUCGCCCAGAGAGAAAGAGACCGCGAAGGCUGCCUCUUCUCCUUCCCCCGUCCUAUCUUCUUGCUAGCGGGGAGAGAAAUUCCUUCUCCCCGCCACCCGAAAGUGCAACCCGUACCGAGAGGGAGCGAGCGGAGCCGGGACUGUGAAUGGGAUCGGAGCAGCUGGCAUGUGCAGAGAUGCUGCGAGCGGAGAGUUAAAAGCUCCCGAGAAAGUAGCAGCAACAACAGCAGCGGCAGCAGCUGGGCAUUUGUUUUGUGCAAAAAAAAAGGAAAAAAAAAAAAAGGAGAAACGGAACUGCAUGAGGAGCAGGACAGCACCAUGAGCUCUCCCGGCGCAGCUUGCAAGUCCCCGAGCGCACUUCGGCGCCGCUCUCCUCCGAACCCCAGUUUGCACUGAUUCCCCCCACUUCCUCCGGGGGCCGCCGCCGCCAAGCCGAGCCGGGACCAGCGGGUGAAGAGCACAGGACGGCCCCGGCCGCCUGCUUCGUACCGCGGCCCCGCCGGUUUCAGCUUCCGGGGACUGGAGGGCCCCGGAGCCGGCGCGAAAGGAUUGAUGCGAGGAGACCUCAUGCACAAGGCCGGCGGGAGUUUUGCAAACUUUUCCACGGGCGGCAGCUCCUUCUCCUACUCCGCCUCCUCCCCGUCGUCGUCGUCGUCGCCAACCAGCGCCUCUGCCCCUCUCGCCUGCGGCAGAAGCCGCCGCCCGCUAUGGUGGCCCGCUCGUCCGCUCAGCACGGAGGCGGCGGCGGGCGCCGCUGGCCGCGGCCGGCCGCCUGGCUGUGGCUGGCAGCGGCGCUGGGCGCCGUGUGGCCGCCGCGGGGCUCGCUGGUGCAGGGCCGGCGGCUGAUCUGCUGGCAGGCGGUGCUGCAGUGUCAGGGGGAGCCCGAGUGCAGCUACGCUUACAACCAGUACGCCGAGGCGUGCGCCCCAGUGCUCCUGCAGCAGCCGCCGGCGGGUGGAGGGGCCGGGCCGGUGGGCGCUGCAGGCGCCUCGGCCUCCUCCAGGCGGCGGUGCCCCAGCCAUUGCAUCGCGGCGCUCAUCCAGCUCAACCACACCCGGCGCGGCCCGGCGCUGGAGGACUGCGACUGCGCGCAGGACGAGAACUGCCGCGCCACCAAGCGCGCCAUCGAGCCGUGCCUGCCCCGCACUAGCAGCCCUUCGGCCGGCGGCCCGGGUCCCGGCCCCGGCGUCAUGGGCUGCACGGAGGCGAGGCGGCGCUGCGACUGGGACAGCCGCUGCAGCCUGGCUCUCAACCGCUACAUGACCUACUGCGGGAAGCUGUUCAAUGGGCUGCGCUGCACGCCCGAGUGCCGUGCCGUUAUCGAGGACAUGCUGGCUGUGCCUAAAGCCGUGCUGCUCAACGACUGCGUCUGCGACGGGCUGGAGCGGCCCAUAUGUGAGUCGGUCAAGGAGAACAUGGCCCGCCUCUGCUUCGGCGCGGACAUGGGCGGCAACGGCGCCGGCAGCAGCGGCGGCUCGGACGGCGGCCUGGAGGAGUACUACGACGAGGACUACGAGGAGGAGCCGAGCCAGAAGGGGAGGGACGACACGGAGGACAAUGCGGGCUCCGAGCCCGGUUUCCCCGUGCAGGCGGAUAGCGCCGGCCGGCCCGCGGCCGUGGUCUGGGCGCUGCUGGCCUCCAUCUUGAUGCCGCUGCUGCCUUGGCUCUAGUGGCUCUCCCUGCCUCCCUCCGGCGCCGGGCCGCGCUGGCCUCCCCGCGGCGGCAGGGGGGCGGCCGGCGGUGUCCUCCGGGCCGCUCAGUUUAAAUGCUCUAACCGUUAAUCUGCCGACCGUUAGGCCGGGCCCUCCUCUCUCUGCACACACACUGUCCUCCGUCCUCCCGCGUCUCUCCGAAAGCGGAGGCUCCUACUCUGCCGCCGUGCCUGCCCGACGCUCUUACCCGCACUCUCCCACCGGCCGGGCUGCCCCGGCAGUGGGAGGUACCACGGCCUUGCGAGCUAAUAGCCGGAGCGGUGUGGAGAGGAGCGGGAGGCCGCGGGCUGCUGUUGUUUCGGGUGUUGGUCUGGAGUGUGCACUAUGCAAUUGCUGCCACUUUGCCUUCAAGUUAGCAGCGGGCUGACGGGGAGACUGCUAGCGAGGCUUCAGCCGGCUCCCCGCUGCCGCCAGCCGGAGCAGCCAGCAGUAACGGCAUGGUGGUGGUGGUUUUCUGUAAGCGUUUUGACAUGAAGGUUAGAAGUGAGCUACCCAAACUUGCUGCCAAAGCUGUUGCCGUACUGGUCAGUCAACAACUUGACUAUAAUUUGCCAAGUCUCGCUCUUGGAGAUGCUGCGGUGCCCGAAAGGGACUUAACGUGGCAUCUGCCAAUUUUUAAAGGAAAUAGCAGACUGAAUGAAUUCUGUGGUUUACAGCACUCUCUCUUGCACACACAUCUUCCCUAUAACAAAAAGCGUGCCAGCAGCCGUCUCUUUCUCUUUAACUUAGCGACAUAAAAAAAAAAAGUUUGUUUUUUCAGAGCUGUUGGCUAUACUGAACAAUGCAACUUUUGUUUUAAAAGAGCUCUGCACUGCCAUCUUUGAAAGACACUUUUAAACUCGAGAACAUGUAUGUACAAAUAUCCUGAAAAGUUAUAUUGCCUCUCAUCAUAUCAGGGUGCUGACCUCUGGUAAAUCUUAUAUAAGAAAUGUAUUUAAAACUGGGAUUUGUUACCAGUUGCUCUUCUUAGUAUGUACAAUUUUAUAAAUUGUAUGCUUUUGGGGAUAAUUUAUUUAAGAAAAAAAUAAAAGUUUUAAAUUCACAUCAUAUUUACCAGAUAAUUGCAUUUUGCUGUUCUUUUCUGGAAAGGUACAGAUUUCAUUUUAUGUUUAAAGGGAUACCAGCUUUAGUGAUUCAGUGAAGUAUUCUGUAGAACAUCAAAUGUACAGUGUAUUUUACAGAUUGGAAUUUAACUUUCUUAUUUGGAGAGACUUUAUGAACGUUGUAGAAUUGUAUAAGUGCAUUUCUGAGCUGCCUUAAACCUUGUAAUUUUUAUAGGAGGCAUAAAAAGGCCUGUGUUUUAAUUAUGUACGGCUUUUUUGUAUUUUCUAAAUGUGUAAAUUAGUAAAGAAAGAGCUUUAAA